AGUAGGCGUACAUGGCUGGCUCCACUCCCCCUCUUGUCCCUCCCACCUCUUCUUUAUUUACUACAUCCCCUCUUUCCCUUAUCUAUUAUCCCCAAUUAUUGGAAUUUGCCUGAGAAAAUCACAGAGAAAACGAAAGAUAAUGGGAGUGAAGGAAGGAUUCUCUCCGACCACCAUGGCUCUUGUAUUUCUCCGAAACACGAUUACCUCCUUAUUUAUCCACGCCGACAACUCGCUCCUCAAUUUAUCAGAGAAGUACAAGCUUCUCGAAACCGUUCGACAGCUUCUACUCAGUUCCUUCUUCUUUUUUUUGCGAUUACUUCCUUUCUUUUUUCCUUCUCUGAACCCUAAACUUGACGAUUUUCCGCUUAAGCCUCCGAAGAAGGAGAAGCUUGUGCCAACGUGCGGCGGCGGCGAUUCCGGUAUCGCUCGAGCACUUUCGCAGCUGUUGUUGAUUGUUAACGAUAUUCCGGUCAGUUCGAGGAAAUAUGAAGUUGUUCGGUCAUUAGCGGAGAGGAUUAUUGAGGAGAACCAUAGAGAGAAUGCGACGGCUCUGCGUGAAGUCAAUGGAGCCGUUCUAUCGACGGCGUUUGCGAGGACUCUUAGCCAGCUUGAAGCCGCAGUGGAGGAGCUAGACCGCGAUCGGGUUGAAAUUGGGGCUUUAAGGGCCGGGUUGGUACCGUGCCCGUUGAACCGGAUUAUUCAGACGGUUCGGAAGUUGGGGGAUGGGGCGUGGAACCGGCUUGGGCAGGUGAAGGUGGAGGGGAAUUUGUCAGGGAGUUCAGCAGAGAAGCUUUCGGCUGAGCUGCUUUGGUUGGCGCAAAAGAUGGCGGCUUGUGGGUUUGGGGAGGAAGCUGUGGGUAGAUGGGCAUCUGCUUCGCAUUUGGCUUGGCUUGGUCUCUCGGCUGAGCCAAGGCUGCAGGGUUCAUUGGUUAAGAUCGCAGCAUUCUUGUUCAAGCAAGCACAGGAAAUAGUGCAGGACAAAGAUGGAGAGGAGCAACUUAGGCAAACAAGGAAGAAGAUGUUGAUCUCAUGGCUGCCACUGCUUUGCAGAGCUAGCAACGGCACCGAUGCACCAGUUCUUAGCAUGGGUGAAAGAGUCGAGUUAGAAAGGAUUUUGGAAGAGCUUAUAGAGUCACUGGAAAACGAAGAGCAGCAGGAGCAAGUGUUGUCUCUUUGGCUCCACCACUUCACAGACUGCUCCUCCUCCGACUGGCCCAACCUCCAUGCCUCUUACGCUCGCUGGUGCACUGUUUCUCGUCAGCUUUUGCUUUGUCAGGGAAAUGUGAAAUUAUAAGAUUCAUCUGUUUGAUUUCAUUCAAUUCGAGAAUGUAACUUGUCCAUAGGGUUUUUAAAACACUACUGUAAAUUUUCACUCAUUGUAUCUUAUUUAAUUGGAAUACCAUAAAAAUAAUUGUAUCCAACUCUGCAAUUACUUGCACAAAUUAGUUAUGAUAACACAAAUUUUGUUUCA